AUGUCCACCGCAGUAAUCAACACUGAUGACGAUCAACUCGAGCCUACUCUCCAAUCAAUCCUUGAUCAAAAGUCCCUUCGCUGGAUCUUUGUUGGUGGAAAAGGAGGAGUAGGAAAAACUACAACAUCAUGUUCCCUGGCCAUUCAACUUGCCAAAGUUCGUCGUUCAGUUCUCCUCAUUUCAACAGAUCCAGCACAUAAUUUGAGUGAUGCCUUUUCGCAAAAGUUUGGAAAGGAAGCUAGACUUAUUAAUGGAUUUGAGAAUUUGAGUGCUAUGGAAAUUGAUCCAAAUGGUAGUAUCCAAGAACUUAUGGGACAGGCUGAGGAGGGUGAGGGACCUGCUGCGGGCAUGGGUGGAAUGAUGCAAGAUUUGGCCUUUGCUAUUCCCGGUAUUGAUGAAGCUAUGUCUUUCGCAGAAGUCCUCAAACAAGUUAAAUCUCUCUCCUACGAAACCAUCAUUUUCGACACCGCUCCAACAGGUCAUACCCUCCGCUUCCUUCAAUUCCCCACCGUUCUCGAAAAAGCCCUUGCGAAAGUCUCCCAAUUAUCCACACAAUUUGGACCUAUGUUGAAUGGGUUACUUGGAGCCAACGGUUCUUUACCAAAUGGACAAAAUCUCAACGAAAUGAUGGAGAAAUUAGAAGGUCUCCGCGAAACUAUCUCGGAAGUAAAUGGACAAUUCAAGGACGAAAACCUUACUACCUUUGUUUGCGUCUGCAUACCCGAAUUCCUUUCUCUUUACGAAACGGAGCGUAUGAUCCAAGAAUUGGGCUCCUAUCACAUUGAUACCCAUUGUAUAGUUGUAAAUCAAUUACUUUUCCCCAAGAAAGGAAGUGAUUGUGAUCAAUGUAAUGCAAGAAGGAAGAUGCAGAAGAAAUAUCUGGAACAAAUUGAGGAGUUGUAUGAUGAGUUUAAUGUGGUUAAGAUGCCAUUAUUAGUUGAGGAAGUAAGAGGAAAAGAAAGGUUGGAGAAGUUUAGUGAGAUGCUCAUUACUCCAUAUGUUCCACCCGCUGGAGGAUUGUAG